AUGAACAUUAAGCAGGCUGCAGGAAGGGGACAGUCACAAGGGAACCAUCUGGCACCAGAUUGCCCAAGCUCUUGGUCCUCUCUUGCAGGCCCUGAGAUAAUGUCCUGGAAGGAGAAGCAAGUGAGUCCACCCCCAUGUUUCAUCCAGCACCUGGACCACCUCGUGUUGACUGUGAAGAGCAUUGAGGACACUGUGGCCUUUUAUUCCAAAGUCUUGGGCAUGCAGGUGGUGACUUUCAAGGGGAAUCGCAAAGCUCUGCACUUUGGCAACCAGAAGUUCAACCUGCAUGAGGCUGGCAAGGAGCUGGAACCCAAGGCUCAGUGCCCAGUCCCUGGCUCUGCAGAUCUCUGCCUUAUCACAGAGGUGGCCCUGGACCAGAUGCUGGAUCAUCUGAAGGCCUGUGGGGUGCCUAUUGAAGAAGGUCCUGUGGACAGAACCGGUGCCAUGGGUCCAAUAACUUCCAUCUACUUCCGAGACCCUGAUGGGAACCUGAUUGAGGUUUCCAAGUACUGAAAAGAUGUAGCUGCAGCCAACAGAGGUGGACCCUGACCACGACCUGGACCCUGCCCACUUGCCAGAAGAAGCCACACUCUUGGUGUGGCUCAUCUUACAAGUUGGAGCCUUUAUAUGGCAAACUUAGGGCAGGCUUCAAAAGCCAGCCCUAGAAGCAGGAGUUCUGACAUUCAUUAAUAAAAACCAAUU